UGUGUUCACGAGUGUUGAACCUUGCGGGUAACUGCGCCCGCGCGCUCCUCAAGCGUUGAAAUGCGCUGGUUCGGGUUUGGCUUCAACGCAUUUGGACAGAUUUGUGUUCGGAAUGAAUCAGAUCAAGAAGAAAGUAUCGACGCAGUGAAAAUUAUUCAUCCAACAGAACUGAGCUGUCACGUGGACUCAAGCGGCCACCGCUUACAAACCAGUCGCAUCAGAGCAAGUUGGAGCCGACGAGCAUCUUUACAUUCAGAUGGGGACAGAUGUGUGUGUCUGGCAGGAUUCGGUUCAUGCGUCCGCACAGAGAGCCGCAGCUGUACAGAUGUGUCCAUCACUGAAUCGCACCUGACCCUGGUUUUUCUGGACAGAGUUGAGUCCUGGGAUCUGCAGAAGGAGAAGGAAACUCCAGCAUGGAGCAUGGACAUUAAACCAGAGUCGGAGGGCUUUGGUGAUGUAACCCUCCCUUUGGUUCCUGGAGGUUAUAUAGACUCCAAGCCUCCUUUCUACCACACUCUGUCUCCACACCUGAAAGCCAAGAGUCUGGCACUGGGUGCGGAGCAUGCCCUCCUCCUCUCUGCGUCUGGAGCGGUUUACACCUGGGGACUUGGCAGCCAUGGUCAGUUGGGUCACGGCAGUCUUCUCUCCGAGGAAGAGCCCAGGGCGGUGGAGGCACUCUGGGGGAUGCCCAUGAGCUCUGUGGCUUCUGGAGGCUGGCACUCUGUCUGCAUUAGUAAUGGGGGUGAUCUGUAUGUGUGGGGCUGGAAUGAGAGUGGCCAGCUUGGACUUCCAUCUCAAAGUCUGAGGAAAGCGUCUCAACAGAAUUCUAACCAAAACACAGGAGACUUGUGUCCGCAUCCUGCCACGUCUUCUGAUGAGGAGCUACAGGAAGAAAAAAAACAGGACGUAUUCAUAUCAAUCCAGGCAUUCCCAGCUCUACUGGAUGUCACUCCACCAUGUGAAAUCCGGGCAGUCAGCUGUGGCUCCAGGCACACAGCCGCAGUUACAAUGAAAGGUGAUCUGUACACAUGGGGAUGGGGUGAGUACGGCCAGCUUGGACACCAUACAUUAACCAGCUCUGAUGAGCCCCAGCGUGUGGAGUUUUUCACAGCUGAACAGAUGCAUGUGGUUGAUGUAGUGUGUGGAACAUGGAAUACUUUUGUUGCUGUUGUCAAGGAAGAAGAAGCUCGCUCUCAAUAAUAACCCUUACAAUGACCGACAUUGGACUUUGGACAACCAGGAAGUGUGAAUAAUUCCAACUGAUACUGUCACUGGAUUAAAUAUUAAUUUUGAAUAAAUAAAGUGUA